AUGGAUUUCUUUGCAACGGGCGCAUUUCAGCAGCUCUAUAGUGAAUUGGCUGAAGAUAAUAACUUGGAUUUUUGCUAUGGGAAUGUGGAUAUGUGUAAUUUCGAUACAACAGUGCCCAGUUCCAUUGAAUACUAUGACAUCAUCAAUCUGGAUAGCAAUGACAACAACAAUAAUAACAAUAAUAACAAUUACAAUCAAUACAACAAUGAGAAUCUCACACAGGAAGAGUAUGGAUUAUAUUAUGAUUUUGAUUUUGAUCGAGAUCUUAAUGGAUAUAGCAGAGCAUCAAUGUCAACAUCAACAUCAGCUUCAUUUGCCUCAUCAACGUCAGUCUCAUCGUUAUCGCCACCUGACCUUAGCGAUUGGGAGCAACGUUUGUUGGAUAACUUUAUCGAAAUACCAGAACUAAUUGAAUUCCUACCUGAACGUACUCCCUUAUGCACGGAUAUGUGUGAUGACUUUCUGCAGGAGAGCAAUAAUAAUCUACGUUUGGCCGCACCGACUGUCACCUUACAAACUGUCACAGAGUCUGCGGCUGCCGUCGCACCAUUGCCAUCGCCAGCCACCAAUCAACAACCACCAGCUACAUCAACACCAACAUCCAGCACAACCUGUACAGAGUCAAUUGGGAUGCAACUAAGCCUGAAUGCCGCAGGCGAACGUGGCUAUCUCUGCACAUUUGGCAAUUGUGAAAAACUGUAUGCCAAGCCAGCGCAUCUCAAGGCCCAUCUAAGGCGACAUUUGGGUGAGAAGCCCUACGCCUGCAAUUGGCCCGAUUGCCAUUGGCGUUUCUCUCGCUCCGAUGAACUGGCACGCCAUCGUCGCUCCCACUCGGGCGUUAAGCCAUACAAAUGUGAUUACUGUGCUAAAUGCUUUGCCCGCUCCGAUCAUUUAACCAAGCAUCGCAAAGUCCAUGAGCGACGUCUUUUGGCCGCCAGUCGAUCUGGUAAAAUGUUACCCGACGAUGUCUAUGCCGUCCGGCCGGGACGCAAGCGAAAGAAUCAAAUUUGAUUAGUGAAACGUGAUACUGGAUAUUAGAAUAUUAAGAAAAUAGAGAUAGUUUUUUUUAGUCCCAAGUGUUAUUUGUCUUAAAACUAGUUCUCUAACAUAAGCAAUAAAGGCAAACAAAAGUGAAG